CCUGACCUAUAACAAUUUUUCACUAUUCUGCGUUCUGUUUGAGUUGGUUGCUUGUUUUGUAACUCGGUUUGUUUACAUAUUCGUAAUUAAGUUUUGUUUUAGGUAAAUUGUUUGUUGUAUGGUUUGAGUUUAAUACAAUGGCAAAUUGGGAAGAGUUUUAUGCAUCCUAUAGACCACCAUCGAAUUUUAAUGAAAGUAAAUCAAACAUAACAACGUUUGUGAACAAACAUUUUGAUAACAAAAUAGUUUUGGUUACGUCUGGUGGAACAACAGUGCCAUUAGAACUGAACACAGUCCGAUUCGUUGACAACUUCAGUGCAGGAACUAGAGGAUCGGCCUCCACAGAAUAUUUCCUAGCUUCAGGGUAUGCAGUAAUUUUUCUUUACAGGUUAAAGUCUCUGGAACCAUUUGUUCGUCAUUUCACUGGUCAACAAUUUUUGAAUACACUUACUGUUGUUGGAGAUGAUCCUGACAGACCUAAAAUCCAAGUGUCAGACAACUUUGUCCCCAAGAUGUUGCCAUUGUUAAAAAACUACCAGUCCGCCAUCUCGACAGGCCGGCUACUCUGUAUUGACUUCACCACACUCUCUGACUACCUGUGGUUGCUGCGAGAAGCUUGCUUGCAAUUGGCACCAUUGCAAAAAAGGGCUCUUAUAUACCUUGCAGCUGCAGUAUCAGACUUCUACAUUCCUGCAGAUAAAAUACCGGAGCACAAAUUGCAAUCCGGAGAUGGGCCUUUGGUGAUUACACUGCAGUUGGUUCCCAAAAUGUUAGAACCACUUGUGUCAGAAUGGUUGCCACAUGCUUUUGUUGUAUCUUUCAAACUGGAAACUGACCCCGACAUCCUCAUUAAGAAGGCAAGACUUGCCUUGCAUAGAUAUAAACACAAGCUUGUAAUUGGGAAUAUGCUUAAUACAAGGAAACAUCAAGUAACAAUAGUGGAGCCAGAAACACACUACAACAUUACUCUUACCGAUGUUGAAAUUUCAUCAGGGGCAGAGAUAGAAGAAAAAAUAGUCAAUGAUCUUCUCCAAAGACAUGAAAAUAUUUUAGCACAUUAGUAUAUUUGUGUUUUCUGUCAAUUGUUUUAUAAUUAGCUCUCAUUGUUUUAAUUGGUAUAACAAAUAGCCAUAACAGAAAUCAAGAAAGCAUUCUAUCAAGCAGAAGCAAGAAGCCAUGAAAUAUGAGUAUCAGUCAUAUAUAAUUUUUAUUGCUUGUCAUUGUCAAAUAUGAUUGAGUGCAAAUCUAGUAACCCAAAAUAGUAAAGUGCUUAACAUUGAUCAUAGAAUUUAGAUAUUGUAUUAGAACUUAUGGUCCAAAAGCCAACCACUAGUUCUCAUUUCAUCAAGAUAUUUAAACAAGUCCUAUCAUAUUAUGUUGUUAUUUUAAAUAUGACUUUAUUAAAUAACACAGGAAACAGUCAGUUUUGUAUUUGGUAAAUGAGGAGUCAAAAUUACAUACAAUGGCUAGUUUUUGAGAGCAUGUUUAAUCAGGCAGAAAAAUUUCCAAAAAAAGGAGGUAUGGUGUCGGUGUUACAGUUACAUUAGAUAACUUGUAUAUGGCAUAAAAGUAUAUGCUUUUUUGUGGUACACAUUUAGUUCAUAACUUACUCUCAUUGCAACUCGUGCUUACCAAAAACUAAUAAUGUCAGAUGGCAAUAACUGUUAGUUCAAAUCAUAAACUUACUGUUAUAUUUCAUUAUAUGCACAGGGUACAAAGAAUAGCAUAGUUUCAAUCAAAUCAAUAAAAGUAUUAAUGUAAUAAAUAAGUUAUUAACAAUUGUUAGAUUAACCUACUUAAGUACAUUGUAAUAUAACUUAUAGCUUGCCUAUCAUAACAAAUAAUCUUAAUUUAUUCUUUAGCUUAAAUAUUCAUACAAAUUCUUUAAAAGAAAACAGAGGAAGUGUAUAUUUUUGGUAGAUAAAAUAACACACUCUAGAAAACAUACUAUUAUGUGAUGUCUAAAGCAUGUUAUAUUAUGAAAUUAAGGACUGUCCUGAUCAACAUUUCGUUGAUUCUAGUAUUUCUUUAUUAGUUUUGUAUAUUUGGUAAGAAAUUGCGUUACAUAACGAAUUGAGCUUGUUUUUUGAACACUGUUUUUUAUCCCUCCACGUGAAGAGCCAUUGUGAUAGGGAGAUGCCAGUUAUUUUUGUGUGUUAACUGUUACAAUCAGUGUCAGUCAGUAUAGGCAAGUCUAUUGUAUAAUAUUGUCCUGUGAUUAAUGAGGGUUGAUUGUAGAUACAAACAUCUAUACAACAUUAAUUUGGUUGUGAGAAUUUAGGCAUUAAGUAGUAAACAUUGUUUUUAUAUAAUUUCUUUACAUACUGUGAGAUAAUAUUGUACAGUUGACUUUAGAAAACUCUAUCUUGUUUUGAAUGAGUCUGUUCUCUUAUACAACAACAAUAGUAGAAAUCAAAUUUUGUUCUCUUAUACAACAACAACAUAGAAAUUUAAUUUACAAAGAACUGUAAUGCAUUUGUAGAUCAGUUGAAUUCUAUUAUAUGUCUCCAAUUCUUAAACCUUUUAUGCAACAUAUGUUAGCACAUAGUAAUAAUUUAGUAAACUUCAAUAUAUGGACAUUCCUUUAUCAGGGAUAGAAGAUCCAUGUCCUCUAUCUGUUAGGACGUACUAUAUGAGAAUUAUGGAUCUGUCCCAUAUAAAUCAUAUGAAGACUAAAACUGCUCAAGCAUUCCACUGAAUAAAACCAGAAGAAUAAAACUGAAGCUUGUUACUGAAUUUUAAAAGAAAAAGUUUGAGAAUUGGAAUUUAAAAUGGAAGUUAAUUGUAAUUUUAUGCAUUUAUUGCCUUAUCUGACAAGCUGUGAUGAAUCUUAGUGUUAAUUUACUUUUAUAAACUUGAAAUGGCCUAAUAAUAAAACAUUUGAGUAAAUGCUAAAAAUACAAAAAAUAAAAAUGUUUAAAAAUGGAAAAUUUAAUAGAAAUGAUGAUAUCCAACAUUCCUUAGCAUUUGUUUGAAUAGGAGUUAGAUCACUAUCACCUUAGUUUAUUAUUAGCCACACUCACUUAGAGAAGUUGGGGUUGUUUGAAUUGAAAAUGCUAUUUACUUAAAGAUGUUAAAUAUUCUUUUUCACUACUGUUCAAAUUUAUACUAUAAUUUGUUACUGUACUUUUAAUGACAGAAAUAAGAAUGUUAAUGUGUUGGAAAGUGCAAUAGAGUUUAUAUUGUUAAUGUUUAUAAUGUGGUUGUUGAAUAAAGAUACUGUAAUAAAA